GAAAGGGUUGUUUUAUGAGGAAUGUUCAAGUAGUUCGAGUUUGUCGUCAUUGGAGUUUAGAAGAAUGAGAAGGAAUCAAUGAAACACAAGAUUCCGAAGGAGAUUGAAUGGGCGGAUGUGGAGAGAACAUUUAUCCUACUCGAAGAAAUCAAAAGUUACACGUUCAGCUCACAGUGAUCAGAGAUAUUAAACGACAAUGGCAGAAACACGACAGAUCUCCAAUGAAGAACUGGAAGAACUUAAAGACGCAUUUUCAAAAAUUGAUAUUGACCAGUCUGGGUACAUUGAUGGCAGUGAACUCCAAAAUCUUUUUAAAGAAGCUAACCUACCUUUACCAGGCUUCAAAAUCCGUGAAAUAAAAGAAAAGUUUGCAGAAUCUGGAAAUCAGAAAGACAAAAUCAGUUUUGAAGACUUUAUUGAUCUUUUCUAUGGUUUGAAGAGCGAUGAAGUUGCCAAAACAUUCCGAAAGCAAAUCUUCAAGAAGGAGGGAAUCUGUGCAGUUCACGGAACUGAAAAGUCCAGUGAAGGAACUCAGCACUCAUAUUCAGAGGAAGAACGAUAUGCUUUUGCUAAUUGGAUCAAUAAGGCUUUGGAAAAGGAUCCAGAUUGUCAGCAACUCAUUCCUAUGGAUGCCAACAGUGACACUGAACUUUUUGCUGCUGUUGGGAAUGGCAUUAUCCUAUGUAAAAUGAUCAAUCUCUCGGUGCCCGAUACCAUUGACGAGAGGACAAUUAACAAAAAGAAGCUCACCCCUUUCACUAUACAGGAAAACUUAAAUCUGGCUCUGAAUUCUGCUUCAGCAAUUGGGUGCCAUGUAGUUAAUAUUGGUGCUGAGGAUCUAAAAGAAGGAAAGCCGUACCUAGUGUUGGGCCUUCUGUGGCAGGUCAUUAAAAUCGGUCUUUUUGCAGACAUUGAAUUGAGCCGAAAUGAAGCACUGAUUGCACUGCUCCGUGAAGGUGAAAAUCUGGAGGACCUGAUGAAACUAUCCCCGGAGGAGCUGCUACUACGAUGGGCCAACUACCACCUGGAAGGUGCAGGUUGCCAAAAAGUUAACAACUUCAGCAGUGAUAUUAAGGAUUCAAAAUCUUAUUUCCACCUUCUCAAUCAAAUUGCACCAAAAGGAGAAGAAGAGGGAGAAGCAUCGAUUCCAGUUGACAUGUCUGGUAUCAAUGAAAAUGAUGAUCUGAAACGUGCCGAGUCUAUGCUGCAACAAGCUGACAAACUUGGCUGCAGACAGUUUGUCACACCAGCAGAUGUCGUCCGUGGAAACCCCAAGUUAAACUUGGCAUUCGUCGCCAAUCUUUUCAACAAAUAUCCAGCUCUUCGAAAGCCUGAGAAUCAGGACAUAGACUGGAGCCUCCUGGAAGGUGAAACAAGAGAGGAAAGGACUUUCAGAAACUGGAUGAACUCACUUGGUGUGACUCCUCGUGUGAACCAUUUGUACAGUGACCUGGAUGAUGCCUUAGUGAUUCUGCAGCUCUAUGAAAAGAUCAAGGUUCCUGUGGAUUGGAGUCGCGUGAAUAAGCCACCGUAUCCUAAACUGGGUGCCAACAUGAAGAAAUUGGAAAACUGUAAUUACGCAGUUAAAUUGGGAAAGGACAAAGCCAAGUUUUCACUUGUUGGCAUCGCAGGUCAGGACCUGAAUGAAGGCAAACACAUGCUAACCUUAGCUCUCUUGUGGCAAUUAAUGAGGAGGUAUACCUUGAACAUGCUGGAGGAGAUUGGUGAUGGUGAAAUGGUUAAUGAUGAUAUCAUUGUAAAAUGGGUGAAUCAGACUUUAGCAAACGCAGAAAAGAGCUCCACGAUUUCUAGCUUUAAGGAUAAAGAAAUUAGCACAAGUAUACCAGUACUGGAUUUGAUCGAUGCCAUUCAACCUGCGUCAAUUCGAUACGAUCUUGUGAAGACUGGAGACCUGACUGAUGAAGAGAAGCUUCAAAAUGCUAAGUAUGCCAUUUCAAUGGCAAGAAAGAUUGGAACGCGAGUUUAUGCUCUUCCAGAAGAUCUAGUUGAAGUAAAACCAAAAAUGGUUAUGACUGUCUUUGCAUGUCUGAUGGGGAAAGGAAUGAAGAAAGCCUGAAGAAUUUGAGCCAAGUUAUAUUAUUUUCUCACAUAUUCCUAUGCUGGAUGCAAUUUUUAAAUGCAGGACUUUGCUCAGAAAUGCUUCCAAUUUCUUUUAUCUGGCUUUGCUAUUGCAGAAUAAAAUGAUAGAUGAAAAAUCCAAUUUCCCCAAGUAAUAUAUAAAAAUCUAAGGGCUUUCUAGAACACUGGCGAAACCACAUUAAAAACUGCAAUGCGUACAUAUAAACCAAAGAGAUUGGACAAAAUAAAAAGCUUUUCCCAAAGCAGAAGCCAUUUAUCAUUUACAAAUGCAAUGAAAUAAUAUUUGGAGGGUUAAUUAUCGGGACCUAUAGAGUUGUCCUAGUGGUAUUUCCUUUACAUCCACACAGUGGCAUAGUGAAAGAAAAAGAAAAUAACAAAUGUGACAUUUAAUAUUUUUGAUUUUUUUUCCUCUGAGCUAAUUCACAAAUAAUGGAUUUUUACUGACAAGAACAGUUGAUUUACAUUUUUUUAAAUCCCAAUCACAUUGUUAAUUCUGAGAUAACUUUCUCUAUCUUUUUAAUGAACGAUUAAUGUGCAAAUGCAGCAAGCUCAUCGUAAUUGGCAAGAUGUUCCGUGCAAGAUGCUGCUUUCCUGAGUCUAAUGGCAAACCAGUGUAAAUCAGCUACAUUGUGAUAAUUUAUAACUCCUGAGCUUUAUGUUCCCCACUGCAAGCUGCCGAUAAUUUUGUGCAAAAAAAAGUUACCUGGUGCCCAUUAAGACAUUUUUUCAACUAAAUUGAGAAGAUAUAUAAUCAAGUCAAUGAAAUCUCACAUCAUAAGUUGCUAUAAGAAAUAAUUAAUGCUUCUAAAUAAUUACUGGUAAUAGCCCUCAAAAAUAAGCUUGCCUGUAUGCUUACAGGAUGUUUCUUUUGUCAUUCCUUCUUAGAAUUAUUAAAAUGAUUGAUCAUUUGCAAGUUGAACUAUCUAAUGGAUGCCUCAAUAAACGGUCUCAUUUAUUGAAAGGAUUCAAUGAUGAAGACCAAAAUUACCAACUCUGUGUUCUUAAGCAAUUUUACUACAAAGAGUAUGUUAUAUUUUGGUUUUGUAAAAUUCCUGUUUGAAUGCUAGCUUUAAGCAUAACAUGCUCUUAAUUUAAGGUACUUACCAAUUCAAAAUUUUCUCCUUCAUAUAAAUAUGAUGAUAAAAAGAAUAAUUUUACAUCUUGCAAAUACAAAAUGUUGCAUACUCACAUCGAAUGGCUUUCCCACCCAGAUUGCUUGCCCUCUUAAUAGAAAUUUCUACCAUAAUUCCACCAUGUGCUGGGGCAUUUACAUUUUUAAUUUCAAAAAUAAACUUUAUUCACAAACAUUUACAACAAA